AGGUAGUCCCGUCAAAAUGGCCGCGAAAUCAGGCUUGGCUGCUGGCAUCAACAAGGGUCACACGUUGAACGUGCGCCAACCCAAGGCACUUAAGUCUUCUUAUUCUGCUAAGAAGCAUCUCGCCCGUGAGGUCGCCCGUGAGGUUUGCGGAUUUGCUCCCUAUGAGCGCCAUAUGAUGGAGUUGAUCAAGAUCGGCUCUGCUGCUAGCUUCAAGCGUGCUCUCAAGUACGGCAAGAAGCGUUUGGGCACCCACAAGAGAGCUAAGGCGAAGCGUGAGGAGCUCCAGGCUGACAUCAUGGCCCAGCGUAAGAAGGCUCACGCCGCCCACGCCCAUCACUAAGUGGAAACGCUCAAGUAAAGGCGACUACGACCUCUCUGGUUGGCAGCUGCGGUGCUUCCAAUGCUGUUUCCAGUGCUCUUCGACGGGAACUAUUCC